GUCUACAGAGCAAGUUCCAGGACAGCCAGGGCUACGCGAAGAAACCCUGCCUCGAAAACAAACAAACAAACAAGCCCUAGGCCCUCUCCAUUCACCCAACCAAAGCCAAGGAUCUAAGUCCCCGGUCUCUUUCCACCUGAAUCCCACUAUUACCACUCUGUUCCCUUCAGACUAGAGAACCCAGGCUUCCAGGGGGACCCUUGCCAGAACCCAGGAGUCUGGGGCUCUGUCUGACUACCUUUAGGGUUGGGAUUCCAAGCUUGGACCCCUCCUUUCUGCAGAGAUAGGAGUCCAGGCUCCUGUCUGCCUCCUUUGACCAUUAUAUGGGAGGAGGGCGUCCCUCUUUAUUUGCCCCCUACUUGGAUAAGAGUCUUAUGUAGCAUACACACAUCUCAGAUUUGCAGUCAUCCUCCUGCUCCUGCCUCCUGAGUCUGGCAAGACAGGCGAGCUGCACUAUGGGGUGGCCUUGGGAACCCCCUUUAAACAUGCCAGGUAUGGAGGAUUGGGCCUUAUCUCCACGCUGUCCCAGUGCCCUGGGGGACCCGGGAAGACGCAUGUCUGUGGGAGCCCAGGGCCUCUGUGUCCCCACAUCAUGACUUCACCUGUUUGCACACUGCCACCUCCUCUCCCUCCCUGACUGUCUGCUGAGCCUGCCUGUCCUUCCCACACCCUCUCAGCCUUCCCCUCCGUCUCCAGAGCCCUGGGGCCUGCCUCUCUUCCUGUUAUUUCCUUCCUAGGGCACCCGGUCUCUGUCCUGUCUGCAGGUUAUUCCUUCCCUCUCUCCUCUUGGAUUCCUCUGCUGUCUCUCUCCUCUGCCUCUCUCUGUGUCCCCGACUUGUGCUCUAAUGGUCCCCCUCUGCAGUCUCUAUUUUUAUCCCUCUGACACACCCCUUAUGUCCACCUCUCUGUCUGUCCCCUCCACUCCCCUUCUUCAGUACCAGCUCUGGGUCCCAAUUAGUUGGUGGCGGCCACGGCAGCGGAGGCCCCCACCAGGCUUCUCAUUACCGCUGGCGGCUCCUAAUGAGCGUGGGGUGGAGUGACCCCGUGCCCCCAGUCCGGCCUGCGUCACUGCCAAGGCGAGGGUUGUGCGGGUAUAUAAGAGGGGGUGUGUGUGAGCAUCGCUUCCUGAGUCCACUGCACGGUAGGGGGCCCCGCGGGAGCCUGGUGGCGGGGGUUGGACGGUGGGCUCCCAGAUUCUGGGCGGGAUGGUGACAUCGAGACCCUGUCCCCCGUGUUCACAGGUGAUGGAGACCUGCCAGGUGUCCAGGAGCCCCCGAGAGCGGCGGCUGCUGCUUUUGCUGCUGCUACUGCUUGUGCCCUGGGGCACCGGCCCUGCUUCAGGUGUUGCCCUGCCCCUCGCUGGUGUGUUCAGCCUCCGCGCCCCCGGCCGGGCCUGGGCUGACUUGGGUACUCCCCUGUCUCGACGCAGCCUGGCGCUAGCGGACGACGCAGCCUUUCGGGAGCGCGCGCGCCUGCUAGCCGCCCUGGAGCGCCGCCGCUGGCUAGACUCGUACAUGCAGAAGCUGUUGCUGCUGGACGCGCCCUGAGCCCAAUAAAGAGCCAAUCCCACCAGGAGCGCGCCUCUUGCUGAGCCGCCCUCGCGUGG